UCGGCACUCAGGAAGUAAAGCGAGGGCCCUGGGAGUUCAGUUCGAGCUGAUCCUGUCAAAUAUAACUACUUAUCCGUGUAUUUUUAUUUCAUACGAAAUAAAUAUACAGCAUAUUUCUACUCCAGGCUACGGAUUCUACUCCAGGGGGCUGGAAAACUGGUGACUAAUCGAAGGAGCUCAUUGCUAUCUCCUAUGAUGGCCAAUGCAGUUGGCACGGCAUCUGUGUGUGGUGAUUUAAAAGCAUUUUUGAGUAACCAAACCCUACCAAAAGGUAACAUUUCUCUUGUAGCAUCGUCCAACUAUAGUCCUGUCACCAAGCUCACUUUAGGAGCAGUGAACUCUAAUGUCGGAGCACCAGUGAUUAUAAGCACUCCUCAGAGGGUGACUCACCCAGGAAGUAUCCUCAUCGGCAGCCCCUUCACACCACACACUACACCUGCUGCCAUGGUUACACAAGCGUGCCCUCCAGAGGGCAACGAAUGGACCCCAGGGAACAAGAAACGAACACAUGACUUUAUAGACACCUGUUACUCUGACAGGGAUGGACUGUGCUCCAGUGACUCCUCAAGUAAGAGGAUGAAGAAAGUUGAUAAGAAAGGAAAGGGGCUCAGGCACUUCUCCAUGAAGGUGUGUGAGAAGGUGCAGAUGAAAGGCACUACGUCCUAUAACGAGGUGGCUGAUGAACUGGUGGCAGAGUUCACCCACGCCAGCAGCCUCGCAUCUACAGAUUGUCAGGCGUAUGAUCAGAAAAAUAUCCGCAGGCGUGUGUACGAUGCACUGAAUGUGUUGAUGGCCAUGAACAUCAUUUCCAAAGAGAAAAAGGAGAUUCGCUGGAUUGGUCUUCCCACUAACUCAGCACAGGAAUGUCGCAAUUUGGAGUUGGAGAAGCAGAAGCGGCUGGAAAGAAUCCGACAGAAAAGAAGCCAGCUAGAGGAGCUAAUACUACAGCAGAUAGCCUUUAAGAACCUGGUGAAGAGGAAUCAAGCCAAUGAAGCAGCUUCAAAAUCCCGACCUCCACCCGGCUCCGUCAUUCAGCUUCCCUUUAUCAUUCUCAAUACAGACGUGCGCACAGUCAUCGACUGCUCCAUCUCCAGUGACAAAUGUGAAUACCUCUUUAACUUUGACAACAUGUUUGAGAUCCAUGAUGACAUCGAGAUCCUGAAGCGUAUGGGUAUGUCCCUGGGGCUGGAGAAUGGCACAUGCACCGCAGAGAACCUCAGUGUGGCCAAGUCUCUUGUGCCCAAAUCACUUGAGAGUUAUGUCACAGGCAUGGCCAAGAAAUCCAACAGAACCACUCCCAAUUCUACAAGUCAAAGCAGCACUGCUCCCUCAUACACCUCCGAAUCUCGGGGUCAGACACCCAGUUCCUUCAACGAGGAAGAGGAUGACGACGACGAUGAAGACGAAGACGAUGAUGACGAGGAUGAGCCCUCUUCUCCAGAAUGAUCUCGGAAAGCAGCGUGCUAACGCCUCAUGCUUCUCUGAGAUUGGGCCUCUGUCCCGCCGUUUGACUUUCUGCCAAAUCCACAGGUGGAAUGAGACACUGGGAAUAAGCUUCCACUUGCUUGUGAUGUGAUAUUCCAACCUCUCCAUCUGUUUAUCCCUCUAUAUUACUGAUCUCUGUUUUUAUCGAUCGAUCGAUCUAUUUUGUGCACACGUGCAUCCACGCACGUGCGCACGCACACACACUGGUUUUAUAUCUUGAGGAGGCGAUCAGUUGUGUUCUAAUGGUGCUUUUGCCAACAAACCUCAGGUCAGGCACGAGGAGGGAGUACAUGCUGGUAGGAAUUUCACAUCGACAGCUUUCAGUUGGUCUUCACACUGCCUCAAACAUCUUUUCACUCAGUAAAGUCCCACUGUAUUUAUUACUGUCCUGUUCAAAGAUGAACUCCUUAUCAUUGUAAUUCCUUGUAUUUAGGUAACAGCUAAUGCUUUAUUAUUUGUUUGUCUUGUUUGCAUCUCCCCCACAUGCGCUGUUAAGAAAUCGAUAGCUUAACUGUUUCCGUGUUCACAGUAUGGAAGGAAUUUGUGUGCUCUUCAGAAAAGGGGGGGGGGGAAUCAUUCGUAUGUGUUCUUAAGAUUCUUUACAGUUUUGUUGUGCAUUACAUAGUUUACUCAUUUCUUGACCUUACUCCAAUAGAAUGAAAUGGGAGAAAAAAUGAAAUCACUAUAAUGAGAUUAGCAUAUUUGUCUGGGUAUAUAUGCCCUGAAGAGACGCAUGCUAGGGAGUGAAGUGUUUUUGUAAGCGUGAUGUGUAGAGUAGCAUUUUCUGCUAAUGUCUGUUUUUACGCUAGACAUUUAUAGUCAAUAUGAAAUGGCCGACAUCAGGGACAUUUCCCUCUUUGACCUACUCAGGUCAGCAUUUUAAACCUGGAAUCUUAUUUGAAAACCCAAAAGAAUAAUAUUAUUACUUGUAUUUUCCUCUGAUGGUUCCUACUUCAGUUUGGAUAUGUAUAUGUAAACAUAAACAUAUAAUUUUGCUUA